AUGCUGAGAUUUAAGCGAAAACAAAACGAAAGCUUUGUGGCAAAACCUUCACAAACUCAGCAUUUAGGCAUAAAAUUAGCGUCAAGUUGCCUGCAGAUCAGCUACUCUUCUUUGUAUCUUUAUGACGAAAGUAAUGAAAAUUUAUGUAGUAAACAUUUUUGUAAAAGCGACGAAAGAGGAAAUAGAAUAAAAAAACAAAGAAAUUAUGUUGGCAAAAUUUGA